AUGGGUACAGAAUCGAAAGGAAGAGCAUGGUUUGGUAAAAUCUUCAACAAGCUUGAAACGAUACUUGUGGAAGUGGACACUUUCACUUCUCAGAACACGCUUUGUUUGAAAUCAAGUGAUCCUUCGGGUUGGGAAUCUGUAAGAGGUGAACCAGAUGAAGUCGCGGAGGAGGACCGAUCUUCUGUAACUUGUGAUCUGCAGAAGGAACAUGAUCCACCGUCACAUCAGAACUUUGAAAUUUUAGGAAAUGUUCGAGUUGAAGAGGAUUGUUUGAAGGAGAGUUUAUCAGACUCCUCCUCGUUGGAUGAUGGAGAAUUACUCUCUGGAGCUCCAUUGCUCCAAGAGUACUGUGAUGGUAGUCUAACAUCAGGCACUACACUUGGCGUUGAUGAAGAAUCAGUAGUAAUUAGCGGUGAGAAGUCUCAGAUCACCAACACUUUAACUCCUCAGAAAGUGUAUGCUGGAGAAACUGAGGAGAUGGUUGAAGAAGGAAGAACUGAAUCAUGCAUAGAUGUUUCCGAAGAAUCUCAAUCUACUCAAAGCUCUGUGGAAAGUUUUGAGGCUGUAGUAGAUUAUAAGGAUGACACCAUUGUAGCAGCGUUUAGGACUUUCACGGAUGAUCAAAAUCUAAAUCAAAUCGACACAAAGAUUCAAGAUGCACCUGUUCAAGAUCAUGUGGCAAACAUGAGAUCCUCUAAUGAGGAUGAUGUAGUUAGUGGCAAAUCUGAUGUUGGUCCGUUGGAUACCAAAGCAUUAUACGGCAUGACUUAUCGAGAAGAUCCCUCGUAUGAUGUUGACGACAGUUCACUCUAUGCAGUGCGUGUUAGGACCAAGAAGCUCAGAUCAUUCAAGAGAAAGGUCAUGGAUGCGUUAACUACGAAAAGAAGAAGAGAGAAGGAGUAUGAGCAGCUUGCAAUUUGGUUCGGAGAUGCUGCUAUGGGUUCUGAUCUAGCCUAUGGGGAAGAUUCUACUAAACACAUGAAAGCCAUAGAAUCAGAAGAUUCACAGUGGGAGCUAUUGUAA